ACACAUGGCAUCUUGCCAAAUCUUCAGGGCAAUUUUCCAGGCAGACCUGGCGAUCUAUCUCCAUCCGACAAUGGCCGUCUCGGUAGAGCACAAGGGCAACACGACAACACAUUCUUUUGGAUAAGGUCGGGUCAACAAACACGGAGUCUUCAAUCCUUUACCUACCUUCGUAGAUACUAUGGAUUUGAGCUCAAGUACGACGAGUUUGCUAUUCGAAUAGCGGAGGGAGGAGCUGUUCCUAGGCGAAGUAGACCAAAGCCAGAGCCGGCUGAAAAGAAGGCUACUAAAGCUUCCAAAAAGCGAAAAGCAAAGGCGGCAGCUGCAGCACUGGCUGAAGCCAACAUGGUACAGUCGAUAGUCGAGACGAUUGUGGACACACCUGAAAUGGAAGAACAUCAGGAGAAUGGAGAAAUAUCAAAAGUGGAGCCUAUUACUGAUGAUCUCCAAGUGGAGGAGAUUGCCACCGCCGUCGCUGAAGCCGCAGAGAUCCAAAAACAGGAUGGCGCUUUAGAUGAAUCUCUUCAAGAAAACCAAUUCACCAGGAAGAGUCAACUGGACGAACCAUCAAGAUGGGCGAACGAGUGUUUUGUGGUCGGGGAUCCUUUCAUCGCCCAAAAGCAAACCCAGAGGAACCGCGCUAAGUCACAACCUGGUCCUGCCACUGCGGGCCAGACAUCACAGGCUCCCGCAUCGUCCAUCGAAUCUCCUUCGCAAGUUGAUCAAAAGCCCAAAUUAGAGCCCCAUCCGCGAACACAGCAACGGGUAAAUGCGGACAAGCCAUCAGACGGAUCGUCGGUCUCUCGAAAUCAGGAAGCUUCGAGGCUCGAACUCUAA